CAGCGGAAGUAAACAAAAGACAAGGGUUGUUAUCUGCACUGGUUCAUUGAGAUAACUGCAGGAGGUUCGCCUUUGAGUAAAACCUCGAGCCACCGUAACUGUGAUUAAACAACAAUGUCUUCGGCUGAGUAUCUGAGAGAGUUUGUUAACGAGAGACUGACCGCUGCUGCUGAGGAAAUAUUCAGGGUUAUUAAAAGGACCAUCGUCGUGUACGAGGAGGAGCUCGACCAGCAGCGCAGACUGCUGGACAUCGUUUGGAAACCAGAAACAGAGUCAUACAGUACAGAGCUCCCAUAUCAACAUGUCUGUAAGGAGGAGGAGGUUCUAGCUGACCAGCAGCUCUGUGUUCAGGAGAGGAGCUCCGGUCUGGACCCAGAGCCUCCACAGAUUAAAGAGGAACAGGAGGAACUCUGCGCCAGUCAGGAAGGAGAGCAGCUUGUACUGAAGCAGGAGACGGAUACCUUUCUGUUGAGUCCUCCUUGUGAGGAACGUGACCACAGUGAAGAUCAGACUCUGAACUUCAACCCUGACGACUCUCAAAGCGCAACAGACAAAGAGUCUGCUGUCAACAUACCAGUGAUAAUCUCUGUGGUAUCAGAAGCACACAGUGACCACCAGCCCCUCUCUCACAGCUCUCAUGUUGCUGAGAGCCAAGAACAGGAAGAGGGCAAGCAUGAAGACUCAGGAUCAAUGAGAAAUGCAGAGCUUAAACCCAAGAAAAAACACCAUGAAAGCAACGUAUACAGCUCUACCAUGUCAAACAUUCACCGCAAUACUCACACUGCUAAAAAGUCUUUCAAAUGUGACACUUGUGGGAAAGCUUUCAAGUUUAAGGCAAAAUUAAACGUACACUACAAAAUCCACACAGGUGAGAAACCAUAUAUUUGCAAAACGUGUGGGAAAGCUUUCAGACGUAAUAACGACUUGACAGUUCAUACGAGAUCCCACACAGGCGAGAAGCCAUUCACAUGCAAGACAUGUGGAACAGCUUUCAGAUAUAAUAGUGACUUAAAAGUGCACAUGAGAAUCCACACAGGUGAGAAGCCAUUUGCAUGCAAGACAUGUGGGACAGCUUUCAGACAUCACAGUGACUUAAAAGUACACACGAGGAUCCACACUGGUGAGAAGCCAUACCUUUGUAAGAUCUGUGGGAAGAGAUUUUGUGUGGUGUCCACUCUGACAAAGCACAUGAGAGUCCACACAGGUGAGAAGCCGUACCUCUGCAAGACCUGUGGGAAGAGAUUUACUGUCAUAUCAGCAUUGAAUAGACACGUCACAAUCCACACGGGCAAGAAGCCGUUUCCUUGCAAAACAUGUGGGAAAGCUUUCAUGUGCACAGCUCACCUGACGGUCCACAUGAGAAAUCACACAGGUGAGAAGCCGUUCCUUUGCAAGACCUGUGGGAAAAGAUUCACUGACAUAGCAGUGUUGAAAAGACAUAUUAUAAUCCACACAGGUGAGAGGCCAUUUACCUGCACAACAUGUGGGAAAGCUUUCAGACAUAAAAGUCACCUGACAGUCCACAUUAGAAUCCACGCUGCUAAGAAGUCGUAACUUUGCAAGACCUGCGGGAAAAGACACUUUGAUGUGUCUCAAUCCCUCGGGAACUUUUCCUCCAGUGUAAAGCAUUCUGCCCGCAAUUUGGGCGUCAUCUUUGACUCUGAGCUCUGUUUCAAAAUACAAAUAACCAAGGUUGUGCAAUCGUGCUUUCAUCAAAUUAGAAACAUUGUAAAAGUAAAACAUUUUUUUUAUCUCAAGCGGACCUUGAAAAAGUUUUUCAUGCUUUUAUCUCAUGACAUCUGGAUUGGGACACCUGAGGAUCAAUGAACGCAGAAGAAAGCAUCAAGCUGAAACUCCUGUAGAGACGUGUUCACUGACUGAAUAAAGUGCAAUUCCCCAUUUAGAGAAGGUCACAAUAUGUUGAAGUAUCUUUUUAAAAAUACCAUCAAGUUUUAUUGAACUAACCCUAAUUUUUAUUAAUAUUUCUAUUGUCAACAGCAUUUUAUUUAAACAGUCAAUCUGCCGGUUUUUAAAAAAAAAAUCUUUGUUACACAGCGAGUGUAUCAAGUCCAUGUCCUUGCAGCAGCAGCAGCAGCAGCUGCAGGUUCAAUUUCAACCCAUAGCCCUGUGCUGUAUGUCAUCCCCUAUCUCUCCCCCUUUCAAUCUGGAGCUGUACUAACAAAUAAAGGCAAAAAGCCCCAAAAAAUAAUCUUUAAAAAAAGAGAGAGAGAAACAUGCCGUAUGUGUGUACAGUCAGGACUGCCUGCCGACACUUAAUGGCAGUUAGUAGCUGCAGAGUGGAGCCUCAGUUUUCUGACAGUGUUAUGGACUCUGUGUAUGAGCUGAUAAUCUUGCCUUGUUUAGUGAUUGUCAGUCAAAACAUUUUGUUUUCACCAAGUUUAUUUUGUACGAGGGAAAGUGGGUUAAUAAAUCCCUUUGUUUCCUGUCAUC